CUGACGCAUACAAAUUGCUCACAACUCCAUCCCUAAGCUAACAGCAGAUUCUACGGACACCAGUGUUCACCACUUUUCUUCUUCCUCAUCAAAACCCUAGCUCUCCGUACACAAUCGUCCCCCAAACUCUUCGCCAUGGAUAUUGAGGAGGAGAUCCGCUCGCUGCAGCUGGACUCAGCAGAAGAUAAUGGGGAUGUAAAUCCAGAAGCUGCGAAUCUGGAUGUCGAGAAUUUUGAGGAUAAGAUGGAGGAAGGUGAUGAAAAGAUGGAUGAAGGUGAUGAAAAGAUGGUGGAAGAUUCUGCUGAGCACUUGGCCCAUGAGCCAAAAGUGAAGGCGAAGGAAGAACAACAUGAUGAGGAGGAAAUAAAUAAAAAGAGGCACUUGAAUGUUGUUUUUAUUGGCCAUGUGGAUGCUGGAAAGUCAACAGCAGGAGGUCAAAUCCUUUUCCUUAGUGGUCAGGUUGAUGAUCGUACAAUUCAAAAAUAUGAAAAAGAAGCGAAAGACAAAAGUAGAGAGAGCUGGUAUAUGGCAUACAUCAUGGAUACCAAUGAAGAAGAGAGGGUUAAGGGUAAAACUGUUGAAGUUGGACGAGCACAUUUUGAAACUGAGACAACUCGAUUUACAAUUUUGGAUGCACCAGGUCACAAAAGUUAUGUACCAAAUAUGAUCAGUGGUGCAUCUCAGGCUGAUAUAGGAGUACUGGUAAUAUCUGCCCGUAAAGGAGAAUUUGAGACAGGGUAUGAGAGAGGUGGACAAACCCGUGAACAUGUUCAACUUGCAAAAACAUUGGGAGUGUCCAAACUGCUUGUUGUUGUGAAUAAAAUGGAUGAUCCUACUGUCAACUGGUCAAAAGAAAGAUAUGAUGAAAUUGAGUCGAAGAUGGUACCAUUUCUCAAGACAUCAGGCUACAACGUGAAGAAAGAUGUUCAGUUCCUACCAAUAUCUGGUCUUAUGGGUACAAACAUGAAAACUAGAUUAAAUAAAGAAAUUUGUUCAUGGUGGGAUGGCCCCUGCCUUUUUGAAGCCCUUGAUGCUAUUGAAGUUCCUUUACGAGACCCUAAAGGUCCAUUCAGGUUGCCGAUCAUAGAUAAGUUCAAGGACAUGGGAACUACUGUUAUGGGGAAAGUGGAAUCGGGUUCAGUGUGUGAAGGGGAUUCACUGGUUGUCAUGCCAAAUAAGGCUCAAGUGAAAGUUCUUGCUUUAUUCAUUGAUGAAGAUAGGGUCAAAUAUGCUGGACCUGGUGAAAAUCUUCGCGUUAGGUUGUCAGGUAUCGAUGACGAGGACAUACUAGCAGGUUUUGUCUUGUCGAGUGCGGCUAAUCCAAUACCUGCUGUUACUGAGUUUUAUGCGCAAUUGCAGAUCCUUGAGUUGCUGGAAAAUGCAAUCUUUACACCUGGAUACAAAGCUGUCUUGCAUAUUCACUCCGUUGUCGAGGAAUGUGAGAUUGUAGAGCUGAUAGAGGAAAUUGAUAUGAAGACUAAGAAACCGAAAAAGAAGAAGCCUCUUUUUGUGAAGAAUGGUGCUGUGAUAAAAUGCCGGAUUCAGGUGACUAACAUGAUAUGUGCGGAGAAGUUUGCCACUUUUCCCCAACUUGGGAGGUUUACCCUUCGUACUGAAGGUAAAACUAUUGCUGUGGGAAAAGUAAUUGAUGCUCCAUCAAAGAAAAGUAAACAAUCCUCGACAAACUAAGAUCUUAAACAAUUUUGGUAUGAAGGCAAAGCUGGGUGAGUAGGACUGGCAGCAUGAUGGGCUUCAAAUCUUUGAGAUGCAUUUGAUCGUAAUAGUACGCUACACGGUUUUUAGAUUUGAUCAUCAGUCAUGUACUGUUGCGGAUGCCCAUGUACUCUGGACCGUUGCUGGGUAGGGUGUCAUUUUUCAUUUACGGGUGUAAAUUAGUCUUCAUUUUGAUUCACCCAUUGCUGGGCUUUUACUUAAUUGUACGAUCGUUUAUCAGCCUAUUCCAUCUAUGUUUGUUAUGAUUGGUUUAAUAUUUGUACAGGCCUCCCUAACAUGUGCGGAAGCUCGGUAGUUUGGCGAUUUUUGUUUUAUGCAAUCUUGAUGAAUUUCUUUUCUUCUUG